UUCUUCGUAUAAAAGCCACUAGUUAGUCCCGGCCAAAGUUAGUUCUUUCUUUGCAGUGAAUCUAACCUGGUCUUGGUCCCACUAGAAGGAUCAGGAUCUGUGUCUCUAACCCGCGAGUGUGCGUGUGUAGUUAUCGAGUAAAGGCUUUCCGGAAGAAAAGCAGUUUACCGCACAAGGAAACCUCGAGGAGUCAACACCGACACGAAGGAAAAGCAAAAGCUAAUAUGUUUCGAUUUAUUUUGGUAUCAACGUUGCUGGUGGCAGCAGCCGCUCAGUACCAAGGCGGAUACAACCGGGAUCCGAAGACCGCUGCUAUUCUGAGCGAACAGCGCUAUUUGGCCGGAGAUGGCAAGUUUGGCGCUGCCUAUGAUCAGGAGGACGGAACUAACUUUAAGGAGGAAACGGAUGCCGAUGGUAACCGUCGUGGAUCGUACAGCUAUGUCGAUCCAUCCGGACAAAGACGAACGGUCUCCUACGUCGCUGGAAAGAAUGGAUUCCAAGCUUCUGGUGAUCACCUGCCAGUGGCUCCUGCUGCUCCGGCACAUGCUGCACCACAGCCCCAGUACCAGCCCCAACCUCAAUACCAGCCUCAACCCCAAUACCAGCCUCAACCUCAAUACCAACCACAGCCACAAUAUCAACCCCAAUUCAGCAGCAGUGGCCGCAGCUUCGAUAACCAGGGUUAUGACGAUGGACAGUACGACCCCCGCUGGAACGACCCUUCCUUCAGUGAACAACAUUCCCGCCAAGCUCCUGCUCCCAUCCCAGCCCCAGCUCCAGCCCCAGCACCUGUCCAUAACUAUCACCCUGCUCCAGCAUCAGCUGCUCCUGCUCCACAGUACAAUCACUACAACCACGCCCCGGCAGCUCCACAACCACACCAGGACUGGACUACUCAGGCUCCACAUCGGUUCCAGCCCCCGGGUAAACUGCAGUUGAACAGAACCCCUGACGGUUUCAGCUAUUCUUUUAACAAAGUCUAAGUGUUCGAUACCGAAAGCAAGUCAAAGAGAUUGAAAGAGAGACCGUGUGAUCGCGUAUGUGAGCUAGAAAGAGAAAGAACGCGUGAAACGUACAGGAUUCCAUUCUCCACCACUGCCACAGAUCCUUCGGAAUUUCCCUCCAAGCUGCCUUCAGUUUAGCGCGCGUGUUCUGUUCACUGUUUGUUUUAGUAGUCGAGUAAGAGUUACUGCCUGUUGUGAUAUAAGUACGUAGGAGAUACUUUAGCAUUGAAUAACGUCUACACUGGUUUAGCUAGAUUUUAUGUAAUCUUCCAUUAAUCUCAGUUUUGAAUACGAAAUACUCCUUAUAGUUUCCUCUGAUUCAAACCAAUUGUAAAAUUUCAAACUACAAAUCAAUUGAAAGUAAAAAACAGAAAAAUUAAAAAAAAAUCUCAUACAA